GUCUUGCGUUUGGCGUUGGGUGUUACAGACGCGCGCGAAUAAAGUAACAAAACGAAUGAAACACUUCGAGUAAAUAAUUCUAUUAUGUGACAUUUAGUGCUGCGCCCUAAUUUUAAAUUUACCGGUUAUAAUCGAUUUCAGGAAUUUAACUAUCGAUUAUAAUACAAGUUAACGAAAGGUGAAUCUUAAGUGAAUGUGCAGUCUCAUCUAACUAUAAUCGUAAAUGUCAAUCGGCUCAUUAAAUUAUACGGCUACUGAAUAAAUGUUUAUAUUUGCGCAUUUAUAAUUGUAUUUUAACAUAUUGAAAUUAAAACAUAUAAAUCAUUAAGGAUUGUUAUUAUCAAAAAUAAGGUUAAACUUGGCAAAUUAUGAAUGAGUUAGAUUGGUUAAGAAUUUUAAUUUUGUAAUUGAUUAUAACUGUUGAUCUAUUUUACUGUUUCCUAUUAAUAAUUUUAUGGUACAUGCAAAUAUAUGCUAAUUUGGAAUAUAUAUGCAUAUAUGUUUACAUUUUAUUAAACAGUUUAAAAAAUUGUGCUCAUUGUUUUCCAAGUACGUAAAAUCAAUAAAUGAACAUUUUGAAUCAAGUGAAAUACAUCUGUAUUGUUUUUGAUAUUUCAAAAAUAUUUAAGUACCGAGUUUUGAAUACUGUUCACGUUAUACUUUAUAUAAUAAUACAAUACUUAGUGUUUUUAAAGCCCAGGCUAAGGUUGUGUUCCAAGUAACAUAACAUUUAAAUUUUAUGAAUAAAACAUAUCUGCAGAUAAUGAUAUUUUGAAAACUGUGUAUUAGAAUGUGUACUCAAGCAAGUGUCAACAUGGAUUUCAAACAAAUUUCGUUGGUGUGCGUUAUAUUAGCAUGCAUUUACGUCACAUCUGCUCAGAAUGACAAACCUACUGCAAAGAUCCUGCCGACAAAAUUUACGUGUCAGGGCCGCGCUUCCGGCUACUACGCCGAUAUGGACACCGGUUGCCAGGUGUACCACAUGUGCGACGGUCUGGGCCGUCAGUUCAGCUACUCGUGCCCCAACACCACGCUGUUCCAGCAGCGCAUGCUGGUGUGCGACCACUGGUACAUGGUCAAUUGCUCCAAAUCGGAAAGUGACUACGAUGCUAACUUACUCAUUGGGCAACGUGACAAGCCGUUCGUGUCCGAUGAGGACAUGCGAUUCCGGACGCCACGGCCCAAUAUCCUAUCAGUACCGCCCAACAGCAACUAUUACGAAGGACUGAAAGAGGCAGAGACAAAGUAUCCUGUGCACCCGGGGAACAGCAUUGUGGGAAUCGCGGAUUCUAUAACGGAUGCAAACAACAACGAUCUAGACAGCGCCAAACAAAACUUCCGACCACCAACGUCUUGGUCGACCAGAAAUGGAGGCAAAAAUACUGCUUAUAACUUUACUAAUUUUAAUAAAAGCAUUGGGUCCAAUAGUAAAAAGAUUAGAGACAAUACUGAUGAGGUUUCUCAAAGGACUGAACCAGCAUUCGUGCCAACACCCAAUAAGAAUAUCAGAAAUAUUAAUCGAGUUAAAAUUCCGCCUCCUUCCAGAGAACUCAGCCCACCGAUCCCUCCGCCGACUACAGAACAUGAUACUGAGGGCUUAGGUCUCGAUGUCAGAGGGAGAGCAAUCACAGAAGACCCCGUAUUCAAUUUCAUAAAACGCUUCGAUCCAAACACACCGGAUGCCCAUAAAACUUCAAUGACCAAAACGGAAAUUAUAGAACUCAAUAAAGAAUUACCUGCAGGGCAAGUCAGUUCGGAAGAAGAACGUACACCGCGCAAGAAUAAAAACUUCCGUGACACAAUCAAUAAAGUCCUGAACGAUAAAAAGAAAGGCGUUACAGAAAACACAAGAUUUGAUUCAGUACAUGUAAAAUCAGGCAAAACAACCGAAGGGUCAAGUACAUUAGGCGCUACAGGCAAUAGUCAAAUACCAGUGCCUGAUAAGCAUUUGCUGCCUCCAAAGCUCGAGUAUUCACCAGUGCCCUCAACAACGAUGGGCCCGCCGAUAUACUACGAAUGGAAAUGGGCUGUGCCCGCAUUCGAUCUAGAGCCACCAAAAGAAACCAACGUCACUAACACAACGGGUGCACCUCAAAAGAGAACUGCACACGGAAAACGACCUUUCAGUGACGUCACACCACGCACGACAACAUUACCCAACACUCCAGCUCCUUUAAACACUGAGUACAACAUCAGCUCUUACUUUGUCCCAGACUAUAUCUUUCCAUUAGAUAAACCGCAUCCAAGCUACGAAGACGAUAACGCCGAAACUUCUUUCCACGUGAAAGUGGCGAGACCCGGAAGGGCUAGUUAUGGUGAAAACGAGGAAUGCCCUCAAUGCCAUCCAGCUUACCUCAAACCUGGUACUUGCGAACCGUGCAUUGUGAAACGGUAACAAACGAAACGACUGUGUUAAAGCCAUUUAGUUUAAACGGUUACUCGUUAAGAAAUAGCAUGAUAAUCAUGAUAAUUAUGUACUACGUACUAGAAUAGACACCGCAAACAAAUCUGUGUCGGAAACACAGAGUAACUUUUUAUGGCACAGACUAAUUUUAAGCCCGUGGGCGCUAACGCGUGUUGCAAUCAACCAAGUCUCCGCGUCUCUUCAUGUACGCAGUACAUAUUACUUCAAUGAUGACUAUCGAGAUUGUUUCUGAAUAUCAAUGUUAUUAUUUAUUAGGCGGACUUUGUACACUCGAUGAAAUUCGGAUCGGUCAGCCAUUUUAUUAACAAGGAAUGAAAAUCUUAUUCACGCGCAAGGCAUCACAAACAAAUGAAAUAAAUGCCCUAUAUAGUAUAUUAUCUAUGAAAAUGGACUAGGCAUUAAUGCAUUUAGUUGUCAUCUGGGAGUAGGUACUUACGACCAUAAUAUAUUCGUUUAUUAUAGCUUAUCUAAAUUAAGCAACUGUCUCUUUCUAUUUAUCAUUUAGUAAAAAGAGAGAGCAUUUCGUAAAUUGACAUUGAUUUUAAUGAGUAACGCAUAUGAUUUAUGAAAUUACAUAUAUUAGAAACAAAAAAUUAAUACUAUAUUUUAUUUGUGAGAUUGGUAUUUAAUUAGAUAAUUACAAAUAAAGUAAAGAAUAAAGUAAAUAAGGUUUUAUUGCAAAAAAAAAAUUAAAAUCAUUUGUGGAAACGCAAAUAAACAUCCGCGUAAAGAAUUGUUCAAGUUAUGUAUUAUUUAUAAUUACUCGUUAAUAUACAUGUAUGCAUAAACCAAACGUUACAUUACCAGAUUUUUAAACAAAAAUUAUGACCAGUUAUAAUAAUAAAUUUAAAUAAUCGCUUUGUGAUUGAAAUGCUGUUUUUAACACUAUAUUCAUAAAAUUAGAAAUAUUGUAUUGUUCAUUUCCAUUUUUGUUUUAAUACACAGAGGAUCAGACAGAUCAGAAUAGCAGUCUAUUACAAAUAUAUUCAAAUAUGUCUAAAGUUGAACGAGACACGAAAAAAAUUGAUUUUCAUGUUAUUUUAUGAAGGUCGUCGAGGUCAAGGUCAGUACGCCGAGUGACAAAGUCCUGCAUGUUGAGGCUAGGCUUUGCAAAUAGGAUAUUAUUUGUUAGACUCACGCUUUAUAGAUUGCUCUCUCUUUAUGGAUUUUCGUUUGGAGAGCGUCGCAGAAAAUUUAAUAUUAAAAAUAUGCUCUAAGUUGCAUUGUCCGGUUUCCCGUCGUCAAAUAAUAACUAUUACGUCCCGUAGCGCUCUAUAAUUUCGACGGCCGUAUGUUGCAUUAAAAUUAUCUUUCAAAUUAAACUGUGUAUAGGAUUCCCACAAUUUCGUCAUUUUACUUCACUAUUUCAUGAGAAGUGGAAAAAAAUUGGGUUCCCGAGGUUAUUCUAUGCUAAAUAUUUAUCAGCGUUAUAUUUCAAUAAUUUUAUCUCAACUAACAGCACGAUUUAGAAUUUUUGGUCAGUGGCCAUUACGGGAACUUUUGUAAAAUUGAUAAUUAUUAUAGAAGAUCUAGAUAGCGUCUAUAUAGCGUUAGCCUUAAUAUUUGCAAUUUUUUUUUGUCUUGCAACUUAUCUAAUGUCAAUUAUUUAAAAAAAACCUCAACAAAUUAGGUAAAAUGAAAUUUUGGCAUCUCUUUAUAUUAGUCUUUCGUAACUUAUUAACUUAGUACAAAAUACCUAAGUAAUUAAAUUGUUGAUAAAAUGUUUCAUUAUAAGUAUAAUUAUUAAAAAAAUUACAUUUUAAAACUAUUUUUUUUUUUUACUUUUCAAAUGUUUAAGAAUUAGCAAAGAUUCAGUCCACCCAAGCCAAUGUUAUUUUACUUUUAGUUUAAGGAUAUUGUUGUAUAAAAUAUAUUUUAAUUAAAAAAAAAUAGAGUCUGUGCGGAAAGAGAACUGACGUGCGUUUUAAGGGCGCUUGUAGCGUUUUUGUUUUAAUAUUUUCACAAGCGACCUUUGAAGAUUGAUUGUAUUUAAACUAUUUUUAUAUGAUUGUACAUUUUAAAGAUUUAUUUUACAAUUUUAAUCUUGUUUUACUACUUCGCCACAACGCUUUGCUUUCUGAACAGACUCUACUAACCAUAUGCUGAUGCGUAGUGCGUGAACAUUGUAUGUUACGGCUAAAAGCCGAAGUGGGGUUACUCCUAGGUUUAGCCAGCUACAACAGGGUAUAACCAAUUGUGGUUUGGUUAAAGUCAGGUGUAUUCGAUUUAUUCUUUGCUAAACUGUGUGGCCGGUUGCUUUCACGAAGACCAAGGUAUAGUAAAAUCCGAAUAUUUUUUGUUAAAAACGAAACUAGGAUAUUCUUCUGUAUCGGGGAGGCAGUUUAGACAAACAUUCAGACCAGGAAGAAUUAUUUAUAGGCCAUACAAAUACUUUCACCGUGUGAGAUUCGGUCCUGCGGCCCUCAGCGCCUCAACUCAUUGCCGCCACGGAGCCUUCAAUUAAAUAAUAAUUAAACUGAAUACAUGACUUAUACUUUGUCAAAAAUACUAAAGCACUUAUCAAGUAAUAUUAGCGACAAUAGGUUAACAACUACGACCUGUUAAAUUUGUCAAAUGAAAGCACUUACCAAGUUAUAUCAGCAAGAGUAGGUUAAGGUUCGGCUGUCCACGGGCCACCGCAAAGCCUUUUUAUUAUUUAUACGGACAAAUCGAAUACAUCUUUAACCAACCGCAAUAAAUUGCAAUCGGCUGCAUCUAUUUGUAGCCGGCUAAACUUAGAUGUAACCGAUCUUCGGCUUUUCGCCGUCAAUAUAUUUAUAUUUUGUAUAUUUUUAUACAUACGUAGUACGUCGUAACGUAGGCAUGUUGUAACUAAUUAAUACACAUAUAUUUUAAGAGU